AUGACUGGCCUAAACCUAACCGAUUCGUGUCCCGGACAGCUCGAAGGCUUUCCGGCGGCGCUUUUUUUCACGCUACUUAACAGCCUGAUGGCGGCCAAAUGCAGCCUCAGCAAUCCCGGAAACUACCCGGAAGACUACGGGCCCCAAUUGAGCGACAACGACGAAUUCGAUUUCAUUGUAGUAGGCUCCGGCUCCGCCGGACCUCUCGUGGCUCACGCUCUCACCGAAAAUCCCGAUUGGAAGGUGCUUGUGAUAGAAGCUGGAGGAAUACCGUCGGCAGCCAGCGAUAUACCGGCGUUGGCGUUCAGCGUUCAAAACACCAAGGACGAUUGGGCGUACAGGACCCAACCGAACCCAAAUUCCUGCCUAGGUUUAAAAAACAAACAAUGCAGCUGGCCCAGGGGAAAAGUCUUGGGCGGCUCCAGUUGCUUAAACGCCAUGCUGUACGUCAAAGGGAACAAAAGGGACUACGAUAAAUGGAGCGAAUUGGGCAAUCCCGGUUGGGACUGGGAGAACGUGCGAGGGUAUUUCGAGCGAUUGGAACGUUUGGAAGAGUCCGAUUUCGACGAAACGCCGUUGGGAGUGCAAGGAUUGAUGUGGCUGACGAAAAAAAAAUCGAAGGAACCGGUUAAGAUGUCGAUUCAACAGGCCUUCGAAGAAUUGGGCGUGAAGUACAAAAUAGAACAAGAUCCGGAGGAUCCCAUUGGCACCGUAGACCUCGCUACGUGCAUUCGAAAAGGAGAAAGGGCCAACACCGGCCGGCAGAUAUUAGGUAGCGUUAAAAACCGGACGAAUUUGUACGUGGCCAUGAAUACGUUCGUCGAAAAAUUGAUAAUAAACGACCGUAAGACCGAAGGAGUCCAAGUUCAAAUCAACGGAAAGGUAUUAAAUUUAAAAGCGAAAAAGGAAGUCGUAGUAUCCGCGGGAGCUAUAAACUCACCACAAUUGUUGAUGCUAUCCGGUAUAGGACCUAAAGAUCAUCUACAAAACCUCGGCAUCGAAGUCAUAAAAGAUUUACCGGUAGGAAAGCAUUUACAGGACCAUCUAAUAACCCUAGUCGAUGUGAAAUUGUCUGAAAAUUCUAUCAUAUCGCCAAAGCACCCCGCCGACCCUCUAUACGAGUAUUUCCUCCAUCGAGAAGGUUUAAUAGCCGGCGUAUCCUUCAUAAAUUUCGUCUCGUUCAUCAACACGAAAAACGACUCGAAAUGGCCCAAUUUCCAGCACCACUUCCUACCGUCCAUGGCCAACGAUCAAUUCAUAGGACCCGCAAUAGACAAAGGCGUCGCUUUCGACGACGACACGGUGAAAAUCCGACGCGCAUCCUGCCAAAACAAUCCCUGCGUAUCGAUGGUACAGACGCUCCUCCAGCCGGAAUCCACGGGAGUAAUACUCCUAAACACCACCAACCCCACGGACCCUCCACUAAUCUACAACGGCUACCUAACAGACGAGGCUGACCAAGACAUGCAAUCCAUGCUGGAAGCCAUCAGAUUCACCGAAAGAUUACUCGAAACCGAAUCGUACCGAAAACACCGCCCGGAAAUCAUCCGCUACCACUCGCCGGAGUGCGACAAACUCGAGUUCAGAUCGGACGAGUACUGGGAGUGCUUCACCAGGCACUUCGGCACCACCUUGUACCAUCCCGCCAGCACCUGUCGAAUGGGCCCCGACGAGCAGCGCUACGUGGUGGACGCCAGGCUGAGGGUGCACGGCGUCAAGAACUUGAGGGUGGCCGAUGCCAGCGUGAUGCCCGACGUCGUGAGCGGCAACACGCACGCGCCCUGCAUGAUGAUCGGCCUCAAAGCCGGCGAGAUGAUAGCCGAGGAUUGGGCGAGACCAAACGAGGAAUUGUGA